AUGGCCCUAAUCUUGUCCAGAACCAUCUAUCGUAUCGUCGAAUACUUUAGUAUCGCAGAGCUUCGAUAUGGAGCGGACUUUGAUCCGGCGACUAUAAGCCCUGUUGUCAGAUACGAAUGGUAUUUCUACGUGUUUGAGGCAACGGUUAUGCUCAUCAAUCUCAUCAUGUUCAACAUUUACCACCCCCGCCGAUACUUGCCGAGGAACAACAAAAUUUACCUAUCGACUGAUGGAGUAACGGAAAUUGAGGGACCAGGCUAUAAAGACCCGAGAAAGUUAUGGCAGACACUUGUUGAUCCUUUCGAUGUCAAGGGGUUGGUAAACGGCCGCGGACGGCAGAGCGAGCGAUUCUGGCAAAUGGAAGGCAGUGAAACGCCACAGCAGAGCAAAGCCUCUUCCAGGAAACCAGAGACGGUGUGA